GUCAUCUGAGUGCUGCAAAGAAAUUGGAACGCCAUGAGCACUGCAAAAGAUAAUCCUGCCCCGGACACUACUCAGCCGUCACCCAAGACGGAGACGUUGGGUCAGCACAGCAGCAGCGAGGCCAAGGCUUUCUAUGACAGCAUCGCCCCCAAGAAGAAGCCCAAGCUGCCCAAGCCGCAGAAUGCAAUAACCAUCGCGGUAUCAUCCCGGGUCCUGUUCAACAUGGUGGAGGAGAGGAAAAUGUAUCAGGAUGAUGGUGUGGAAAAGUACGUCCUCUAUCAACAGGAGCAUGAAGAGGAACCUCUGAAGCCAGGCCCUGCAUUCGCCUUCGUGAAGGCAGUGGAGGAGGUGAACAGGCAUCUGCGAGGUCUGUACCCGGAGAGCGAAGAAAUCUUUGAUAUCGUGCUGAUGACCAAUAACCACGCCCAGGUUGGCGUACGGCUCAUAAACAGCAUCAAUCACUAUGACCUGAACAUUGAACGUUUCUGCAUGACCGGUGGGAAGAGCCCUAUUGGCUACCUGAAAGCUUACCUCACUAACCUGUACCUGUCUUCAGACUCGGAGAAAGUACAAGAGGCCAUUGAAGCAGGUAUUGCAGCUGCCACCAUGUUUACACCAAAGCGAGACAUUGAGCUGCCGGAGAAGGAGCUGCGGGUGGCAUUUGACGGGGACGCGGUCCUGUUCUCCGAUGAAUCUGAGCAGAUAGUAAAAGAAAGGGGGUUGGAUUCAUUUUUUGAACAUGAGAAAAAAUAUGAGGACAAGCCAUUGGCCCAGGGUCCGCUGAAAUGCUUCCUGGAGGCACUAGGAAGGCUCCAAAGGAAGUUUUAUGCUAAAGAUGAAAGACUUACCUGCCCUAUAAGGACCUACCUUGUGACAGCCAGGAGUGCCGCCAGCUCUGGGGCCCGAGUCUUGAAGACCUUACGCUCCUGGGGCUUGGAGAUAGAUGAAGCACUUUUCCUAGCAGGGGCCCCGAAGGGACCCAUCUUGGACAAAAUACGACCUCAUCUUUUCUUUGAUGACCAAAUGUUUCACAUAGAAGGUGCUCAUGAGUUAGGUACUAUUGCGGCCCAUGUACCUUACGGGAUUGGCCAGAAGUACCAUAAAUCAACCCCAAAGGAGGAACCUAAAAAGGAGGAGGCUAAAAAGGAGGAGGCUAAAAAGGAGGAGGCUAAAAAGGAAGAGGCUAAAAAGGAGGAGCCUAAAAAGGAAGCUGGGAAGAAAUAGAAAUAAUGGUUUUUGUAUUGUUAAGCAGAUUUAGAUCUUGAUGAUAUUUUGUCUAU